AUGCUGUUGGCAUUGGCCUCAAUUACCGCUCGACCGACUUCAGACAUCGUCGCUGCUGCUGCCGCUGCCGCUGCUGCAAAGAAGACGAGGAGGAAGAACAAGGACGGGAGUGUCAACAGUCGGACGACGAGUAGACCCGCUCGCCACCUUGAGCAGACAGACGGCAGACGGAGUCCGUUGGAUCUCGUGGUCGUCGUCGAGAACGAGGUAGCACCUCACUUACUCGUCUGCCGCGUCAGCCGACUCUCCUCGGCUGAAUCCAUCGACGGCGACGAUGGCGACACGAUGAAGGUGUCUACGACAACGACGACGGAGGAAGAUUUUAUAAGUACCGUGUGUUUUGUGUGCAUCUGA